CCCUUUUGUCCUUACUUGUGAUUUGCCUAUGGUCUUUCUUUAUGUACAUUCCCGGCCUUUUCCCUUUUCUCUCACAAUUUCCUUCUUUUUCCCUCCCUUUUUCUGGCACUUAGCUAAGCUCUAGCUUUUCAUUUCUAAGCGCACUCCACAUAAGAUCUUACUCCAGGUUUUUUGUCUUUUAUACUAGUUUGAAACUCCCUCAAAAGUAACAAACAAUUAGAAAUUUGCAGUGUCUGAGCUUUGGGGAUUUCAUGGAGCUUUUCAAGGGCCUGGUAAUUGUAAGUCUUCACCAGGGAGAUAGAGUUCAAAUCAACUGAAGUCUCAUCAGCUCCACCGGUUUCACGGCUCCACCAAAUUUGAUCACUUUCGGAGAUUCAUCAACAUGCGGCAUGGAUCAGGAUUGAGGCCUCUUGUUUAUUUCACAGACUCGAUCAGGCGUCCACUAUUUACGAAGUCAUCAGCAAAAUCAUACCGUCUAUUCAUCUUCUUCUUCGCCCUCGCCGUCGGCGCGUUAGUUUCCACGCGCUUGCUCGACACCACUACUAAUGCUGCUAGCAGCUUUGCUCAGAGAGUAACAAGUGCCGAAACCUACAAUUUCAAUUCCCGGAAGCCCAAACACAUAUUAAAAUUUCCGCUUAACUGCACUGCUCUGCAGCUCACAAAAAGCUGUCCCAGAGAUUACCCCACGACCUUCAAUCCGGAAGAUCCUGACCCUUCGUCCCUUCCCACGUGUCCCCAAUACUUCCGUUGGAUCCACGAAGAUCUCCGACCAUGGGCUCAUUCUGGUAUUACUCUAGACAUGGUUGAAAGAGCUCGACGAACCGCAAACUUCCGAUUGGUUAUUCUUAACGGCAGGGUUUACUUCGAAUCAUAUGUGAAGUCAUUUCAAACAAGAGAUAUUUUUACACUGUGGGGAAUCCUACAGUUGUUACGGAAGUACCCAGGCAAAGUCCCGGACUUGGAUAUGAUGUUUGACUGCGUUGACUGGCCCGUCAUCAAGUCAAAAAAUUAUGCUGCACCUGAUGCUCCAGCUCCACCGCCAUUGUUUCGAUACUGUAGCGAUAAUCAGUCACUUGACAUUGUUUUCCCUGAUUGGUCUUUCUGGGGAUGGCCUGAGAUAAACAUAAAGCCAUGGGAGCCACUACUGGAGGAUCUUAAAGAAGGAAACAGAAAACUGAAUUGGGAAGACAGGGAACCGUAUGCAUACUGGAAAGGUAAUCCAGCAGUAGCUGAAACCAGGAAGGAGCUUGUUAAAUGUAAUGUCUCUGAGAAACAAGACUGGAAUGCUCGCAUUUAUUCCCAGGAUUGGAUCAAAGAAUCAGAGCAAGGCUACAAGGAAUCAGACUUAAGAAGCCAAUGCAAUCACAGGUAUAAGAUCUAUAUUGAAGGAUCUGCUUGGUCUGUCAGUGAGAAAUACAUUCUUGCCUGUGAUUCAGUUACCCUACUGGUAAAACCCCAUUAUUUUGAUUUCUUCACAAGAAGUUUAGUGCCGAUGCUCCACUAUUGGCCGAUAAAAGAAGAUGAUAAGUGCAGAUCUAUUAAGUUCGCCGUCCACUGGGGCAACAACCACCGGAAAAGGGUACAAAAUAUGGGAAAGACAGCCAGCAAAUUCAUCCAAGAGCAGUUGCAGAUGAAAUACGUAUACGACUACAUGUUUCAUCUGUUAAGUCAGUACUCUAAGCUUCUGAGAUACAAGCCCACAAUACCUAAAAAUGCCGUCGAGUACUGUUCGGAGAGGAUGGCUUGCGGAUCGGAAGGAUUACUGAAGAACUUUAUGGUGGAAUCUAUGGUGACAGGUCCAUCGGAAACAAGUCCAUGCAGGCUGCCUCCCCCUUAUGAUCCUUCUUCUUUUAGCUCCAUUCUUUGGAGAAAUGAAAAGGUUUUAACUCGAGUGGACUCAAUGGAGAAGAAGUAUUACUGGAAGUCUGAGAAUCAAACUAGGCAAUCAUAGGAAAGUUUUUCUUUUGUUUACAGUUUUUAAUCUCUGAAUCUCACACUGUUCAUUGUAUUGGUAGAUUGUUUAAAUAAAUAAUCACAGCUUUUUUUUUU